AUGGCCUCCAAAACACCAUAAAAUAAAUAUUUUUUCCGCAUCUAACGCACAAAGCGAUCUCUCUUUUUAUUUUAUAUAUUUUAUUUUGAUUAUUGUUAUUGAAUAUUGCACCAUAUGCUUCAUCUUCUUCUCGUUCUUCUCCUCCUCAAUGGCCUUGAAAUUUUCCCACAUUCUCUUCAUCGUCCUUUGUCUCUCUCUCUUCUUCCUCCUCCGUCGCGUAUCCACGGCGGCUCCGUCACUGCACCACCGCCGGCGUUACCCUUCCGCUAGCUCCUCCGUCAACCACCGGAAAGUCCUCUCCCACAACUUCGACUUCACGCCGUUCCAACGCCGUCGCGGUGGACGUCCACGCAACGGCAGCUCCGUCAAACCACGCGGCAGCGGAGGAGAGGCGGAGGAAGACGACGGCGGCGAGAUCGAUCCUCGUUACGGAGUUGACAAACGCCGUGUUCCGACCGGACCGAACCCGUUGCACCAUUGAGAACGUUUGUAUGCUUUUCUUUGUGCAUGAUUUACUCUAUUUUAAGACAGAGACUAGAUCAUCUACUUAAUACCUUUUUUUAAUUAUAAUUAGAUCAGUUAGUGGAAAAAAGAAUUGGAGAAGAUUAACUAUAAAUUUGUUAUUUUGAUUAUUUUCCA